AUUUUACUCUCUCUUAGGUAUAUUUUCAUUAAAAUAUGUACACUUGACUACUACCCAAAACAACACACUGCUCUGUAUUUCAGCUGCCACAACUGAAAAAUACUGUGAACCAAACUAACCUCUUGUCAAGUUGUGUUCAUAGUUGACACUAUUCUCCUUCUGGGUUGAUUUCAAUUCAUCAAUCAGAACCUGGGUUCUCUCUAUCUUUCUCUAUCUUUUCUUCUGAUAAACCUCUGAAAGGUUAUUUGUCAUGGAUUUGUACUAUGGUUGUGGCGCUAAUGAUUUUCUUAUACCGAAAGAUCAAGAUUUAUUGGAUAGGGAUCCUUCACCAGAAAGUUGGUCAAAAUGGGAAAUGAAUGCUUCUGAUGGCUAUAAUUCACCCACAAAGUUUUUUAUUAUGGAUUCAAGUGCAACAGAGGUAGGAUUCAAUUUCAUUGAUGAAAGUUUCAAUAAUGAAAUUGAGUUUGAACCUUCUGAGUAUGAUAAAGAUCAGUCUAGCAGCUCAAGUGUAUCUGGAGCUGAGCAAUCUUUUCAACAAACAACAUUUUCAUGUGAUCAAACUAACUACCAGCCUCAAGACCUAUCAAGUUUCGAACAGAUGGAUGACAUUUUCUUGGAUUCUGUACUUGAAGAUUUUCCCUCUGUUGAAGACCUACACAAAUCCUUCUACUAUUAUCCUGAAAACCAUGGCAGCGAUUCACCUGGUGGAUUCCAGAAAGAUAUUUCAGCUUCAAAGUUUGUUCCAUGCCACUCAAACUCUGAGGAUUGCAUGGAUAUAGAGACAGUCAAAGUCUUGGACUCUUUUGAGCAGUACAGUGGAGAUGAGGCUAUGCAUGACCAAUCAUUUCUCGAGGAAUCUACACUGCAGGAUCUUGAGAUGGUAAUUGCACAGUUCACUGAGAAGACUCGCAUUUGUUUCCGUGACGCCCUGUACCGCCUUGCCAGAAAUACAAAACAACAGCAUGAUGUAGUAGAGGAUCUGGAUGGAGAUCUUAACAUGCAACAGUCAAUGCCACAGGCAGUUCACAAUGAAACCCUGAGAUCUGAGGACAACAAACCAAUGGAAUCAGAGACCAACAGUGUUGACAGAGCUGUUGCAAAUCUCAUGUUCAACAAGAUGGAGAGUAACAUACUAGAUCUUCCUCUUACAACCCCAGUAAACUUCAACCAAGAAGUAAUAGGAAGCAAAGGUCAUCAAGGAAAAAGCUCAAAAGCCUUGAAUGUGACACAAAAAAGUCAUUAUCCUAAUCCCCAAGAGUUACCAGGAGUUGCACUAAGUGACCAACAAAGAGCCACAGAAUCAGAUAUUGCAUAUGCAGAUCCUAUUAAGAAGCCUUUCAACCUAGAGCUUGGUUAAGUAAUGUGGUUGUUAGCUUCCUAGUAGCUAAACUAGAAAUAAGAAAAACCAAUUUCAUGUAAUUAUUCAGCCCUUUAUGAUAAAAGAGGCCUGGAAUGUAUCCAUCCAGCUCAGUUUUGAUUGGAAUGUAAAUGAUUGAAUUGAUCUACUAGCAAUUAGCAAAGCUGGGGUUAGGAUUCUUAGGUAUUUUAACACCUUGAUGUUUUGUUUGGAGUGUAAAAAUGAGCGAGUUUAUCAAGUAGCUAUUAUCAAAGCUAGGGUCAGGAUUCUUAGGUGUUUAACACCUUAAUAUUUUGUAUGUUAACUACUAUACACUAAAUGCUAUAGUUCCAGCUUGUAUUUCUGAUUAUGUUAGGAGUAUG